CUGUAUGCCAGCUGAUUAGCAUUAAUUACUUCGUAGUUCUAUUUAGUUCUGUACUUCAAUAACCAUAGGCCUCCUGCAUUCCAGAACAACUUGGAUGAACUUUUCAUGCUUAUGCAUUUCCUUGAUGCUGGGAAGUUCGGAAGUUUAGAGGAGUUCCAGGAGGAAUUCAAGGAUAUCAAUCAAGAGGAGCAGAUCUUGAGGCUUCAUAAAAUGUUGGCACCACAUCUCCUUAGAAGAGUGAAGAAAGACGUCAUGAAAGAGCUACCACCUAAAAAGGAACUAAUUUUGCGUGUAGAAUUGAGCAGUAAGCAGAAGGAAUAUUACAAAGCAAUUUUGACUCGUAACUAUGAGACACUAACUCGCAAAGGUGGUGCCCAGAUUUCCCUUAUAAAUGUGGUCAUGGAACUGCGCAAGCUCUGUUGUCACCCCUUUAUGCUGGAAGGUGUUGAACCAGAGGACAAUAAUGAGUUUGACAAGCAACUGCUGGAAUCCUCUGGAAAAUUACAACUUUUGGACAAGAUGAUGGUCAAACUUAAAGAGCAGGGCCACAGAGUUCUGAUAUAUACUCAAUUUCAGCAUAUGUUGGAUCUAUUAGAAGACUAUUGUAGUCGUAGGAAAUGGCAUUAUGAAAGAAUAGAUGGAAAGGUUGGUGGAGCAGAAAGACAAAUUCGAAUAGAUAGGUUUAAUGCAAAGAAUUCAUCCAGAUUUUGUUUUCUCCUAUCUACUAGAGCUGGUGGUUUAGGCAUAAACCUUGCAACUGCGGACACAGUAAUCAUAUAUGACAGGUGAAAUUUGCAAGUUAUGGUUCAAUG